ACAUCCAUACAUACCACGUGAUACACGGACACGAGCUGCUUAGCUGCCACUUGCCAUGAUGCGUGAUUUAUCAUUUAGGUAUUAUAUAUAGGUAUCGUUGGUGGUGAGGUUCCAGAGUCCAUGAUUUUUAUAUGUCAUAUGGCUCACAAAACGUGAGGAAUAGCAGCAACAAUCAAGUUCUGAUGAAGAUUAAUUUAUUAAAAAUACAAAAUGUUGCUGGUUUCCCUUGCAUCUCGAAGGGUUUCAAGUGUUGACAAUAUUUUUAAUGGCACAAAUAAGAUCAAAAUAUCUCCUAACCUAUACUUUAAAAUACGAUACAAAUCAGAUGACGUGGUUGUUACAAUUAAUGACAUUUCUAAGAAAAUAAAAUCUCCAAAGAAUCCAGAAUAUGUGCCAAGAAAAUAUUUAUUAAAAAAUCCUAAUCAAGAAACAUUAAGACACUUGAGAUGGAUGCUGCAGAAAGAUAUUCUUGGUCAAGAUAUGUUUUUGAUGGGGGCUCCUGGGUUAAGAAGACGAAAUUUGGCAAUGGCAUUUUUGGAAUUAACAGAACGUGAAGUAGAAGUCAUUGCAUUAUCUCGUGAUACAACAGAAGCAGAUUUAAAACAACGCAAAGAAAUCCAGAGUGGAACUGCCCAUUAUCACGAUCAAAGUGCUUUAAGAGCUGCAACCAAUGGUAGAAUAUUAAUCUUGGAAGGAAUUGAAAAAGCCGAAAGAAAUGUACUUCCAAUUUUAAAUAAUUUACUUGAAAAUCGAGAGAUGCAUCUUGAAGAUGGUAGAUUUUUAAUUCCUGCUUCACGAUAUGACAAGCUUCUAAAGGAACAUAGUCAAGAAGAAUUAGAUACUUGGAGAUUAGUGCGAGUGAGUGAAGAUUUUAGAGUUAUUGCGCUUGGGUUACCAGCACCACGUUAUCCUGGACAUCCUUUGGAUCCUCCAUUACGAUCAAGAUUUCAAGCUCGACAUAUUUCACCACCUAAUUAUGAGGAGCAGCUGGCUGCUUUGAAAAGUUUGGCACCCCACGUGGAUGGAGCGACCUUGUCCCAGUUAUUAUCCUGCUGUCAUGCCCUCAUCACAGAGGAGGCAGUAGCGCUAGGUCUUCCAGAUUUUCCCUUAGACAAUUUAUCAUCGGCGGCCGUCAUAUUGGAAAAUUUCCCGGAUUUGCCACUGUUUCACGUUUUUUACAGGUUUUAUCCAUAUAAGUUGUUUUUAAAUCAAGAAGGAAGAAAUGCUGUUGAAGACAUUCUAAAAACCUUCGGCGUUUUCGACAGCAAAAUUGCUAAAGAUGAUUCUCCCAAAAAUGUUUCCUUUCAAAAUGUAAAUAAAACGGGUGGUUUUUCUGAAAUCACCAUUAGUUACGAUGGCAAAGAAUCAUCGACGGUGAAGAUCCCUCAUGGUUCAGGAUUAUUGCCUACAGCUUCUGAAUCUCCAUAUAUUGAAACGAACUACCAAAACUCUUUGGUUGCACAAAUGAUUCAAUCUCAAUCAAAUUUAGAUUUGUGUCUGAUCGGACCAAAAGGCUGUGGAAAGUCAAUUACUGUCCAGAGAUUAGCUGAAUUAUUAGAGUACCAAGUGGAGCCAAUAAUUCUCUAUCAGGAUAUGACGUCGAGAGAUCUAAUACAAUAUAGAACAACUCUUCUUAAUGGCGAUACAAUCUGGAAAGAUUCGCCUCUAGUCACUGCAGCUCUUGAAGGUAAAUUGGCAUUGCUAGACGGUAUACAUAGAAUUCAUCCAAGCACAUUGGCUGUGAUUUAUAGAUUAGCACAUGAUCGAGAGUUACAAUUACAUGACGGAAAGCGACUUUUGCGGGCUGACCGUUACGACGAAAUAAAAUCCGAGUGCAAUAAAACAGACGAAGAUAUGAAAAAGUCUGGUGUAUAUAAAAUUCAUCCUUCAUUUAGAAUAGUAGCUUUAGCCGAGCCUCCAGUUUUAAAUAGUACAACGGGUCAAUGGUUGAAUUCGGAACUUUUGAAUCUCUUCCUUUUCCAUGAAAUGCGGCCCUUGGAAAAGGCUGAAGAAAUACACAUUAUCAGGGAAAAGUAUGGAGAGCCCAAAGAUGCCUUAUUAAAUAUUAUUGAGCUAGCGCACAGUUUGAGAUCGUCUAAUGAUCCAACGAUGCAGUCUCUUGCUAGUUCUUUAAGUACAAGACAACUGUUAAGAAUAGCAGCAAGAAUGCACAAGUUUGCCAAUGACGAUGCUUAUGACGCUGUACAUCGAGCUUGUCUUGCUAGAUUUUUACCAUCUAUUGCCAAGCAAGCGUUAGAAGAUUCUUUAAAAAAAUUCAACAUUAGCCCAAAAAAAGGAGGCCCUGGCUCAGAUAUUCGCUGCAUCGUGGACAAAGAUGCAGUUACAAUUGGAGCAACGACCGUUCCGCGGUACAAGACUUCAGCUUUGACAAAAGUUCCCGACAUUCUAUUCUACGACGUACCUCAACAUCUAAUUUUAUUGGAAACUCUUGUACAAGAUUUUAUUCUGGGUCAGAAUCUCCUUCUUGUUGGUAACCAAGGUGUUGGAAAAAAUAAAAUCGUCGACAGGCUGCUUCAAAUACUCAAUAGGCCUAGAGAAUAUAUACAGUUACAUCGGGAUACGACUGUUCAAACUUUGACAGUUCAACCAAUGGUGCGAGACGGAGUCGUAGUCUAUGAAGAUUCUCCUCUUGUUCAAGCAGUAAAGUUAGGUCAUGUACUUGUAGUCGAUGAGGCUGAUAAGGCGCCGACUCAUGUUACUUGCAUAUUGAAGACUUUAGUGGAAUCAGGAGAAAUGAUUUUAUCAGACGGAAGGCGAAUUAUACCUGCUUUACAAAAUGAUAAAUACAGUCAAGAUGCAAUACCAAUGCAUCCUGAUUUUAGAAUGAUUGUAUUGGCGAACAGGCCAGGAUUUCCCUUCUUGGGAAACGACUUUUUUGGAGCAAUCGGUGACCUAUUCAGUACACAUUCCGUCGAUAAUCCAAGCGUUGAAAACGAAAUACAGUUGUUGAAACAAUAUGGGCCAAACGUUGAUGAGAAAAUAGUUCACAAACUUGUGAAGGCUUUUGGUGAAUUAAGAAGUAUGGCCGAUCAAGGAUUAGUUUCUUAUCCUUAUUCCACCCGUGAAGUAGUAAACAUUGUCAAGCAUUUACAGAAAUUCCCCAACGAACCACUGGCAAUCGUUGUAAAGAAUGUUUUUGACUUUGACCGAUACUCUCAAGAAGUUUUUGAUACUCUUAUUGAAGUUCUGCAUAAACACGGGAUCCCCAUUGGUACGAGUUCUAAAAAUGUUGCAUUAGCAAAAGAACUUCCUUUGCCAGACUUAAAGCUUUACAGUACUUGGAAUAUUCGGGGCACAUGUCAAACUAUACCUAUACAAGAACGAUUCUUUAAAUAUAAGCCGGUUGCCAAUCCUCCGCAAAAAACUGUUACUCUAGAUAAAAUUGAAGCAAGAUCCGCAUGGUUUACAGAAUUGGACAGUUAUUGGAGCAUACCGAUGAAUGAUACUAGUACUGUAGCCGCUUUGUCUGUCAGUCCGGGAUUGAAGGCGGAUGGAAGCGAUGAUAAAAUCAAUGUUCUUGCCUCGAAUCCACUAUCUUUAUUCAUUAUGUCAAUGGAUUCUGACAAAUUGCAAGAAUUGAGCUUGCAAGGAUUAAUAAGUCCAUUACGAGGAAAUAGGCCUCUUAUGUCUCUUGCUAAUGACAAAAAAGGAAAUAUUUUGGUUCACGAGGAAACAUCGAAUUCACUUCUUUCAGUAGAUCCCGUAAAAGGAAUUGCUUACAACCUCCAACUGUCUUCAAUGUUUGAUUCGGCCAGUGAUAAAAUCUCGCAAGUUUUGGGAAAUCGAAGUUAUACUUGGAAAUUGAGAAAAGAUUUAAUAGAAUCCCACAAUCAAAUAGUCAUAUUCACUCCUAACAACAAUAAAAUAGAAGUUGUGGACCUUGACAAAUCGCGUGCCUUUACAAUGACAUUGCCAUUUGAAAUUGAUUCUAUUCUACUUGCAUCUCCAGAACGUUGGCUUAUUCAAAGUACUCAACAAGAUAAGUUUAUUCUUCUGAAAAGUUUGUCAACAAGCCCAUGUCCUAAUAUUUUAAGAAGAAUCGAUCAAGACGAUUCGGGCCCCUAUAAGAUAGGAUCCUUGCUGAAUUGUAGCAAAGAAAGCUUGUCAAAUGAAAUGUUGGGCAAAGUAUUAAAUCAAAAAAUUGAAUCUCCAAAUAGAAUCGUGGCUACAAAUAAUACGUACGCAAGUAUUGUGGUAGGCUUUCCAGAACUCGACAGUUCAAAUGAGGUAUUUUCAUUUCCAAGAAAUCAAAGGGUACACAGUUUCAGCACACCAAUUAUAACACAACAGGGUACUAUAAUCAGAACAAUAGCUUCAUCGAACGUUCCGCCUCCAGCCCUUUAUGAAGGCAAAGCACAUCCAGGCUCGUCGGGAUAUUUGGAAAUCACAGAUCCAAUUGACAAAAAAUUGCGUUAUGUUCCGAUACCAGCGCCAAUGAAAGUGUCUCCAGUUACUCAAUGGUUGUAUGAUAAAGAACUUCCACUUUAUGUAUCUGUAACUUCAAACCAAGGUUUGGUUACUAUUGAUGCUGGCGGUUGCAUAAGGGUGUGGGAAACAUCUUUGGUUAAUUUGGAGAAAUCGCUCGGAGCUUGGAAAAAAAUGGUAGGUGCAGACGGAGAAAGACUACAAAUUACGAAAGAACGUUAUUCCGGGCUCGAUGUAACCGCGCCAAAACAUGGAAAAGUGGAUCCUAAUAAUGAUCCUCAUGUUGGCGGAAAUACUUGGGCUGGUGGUACUGGUGGUAGAGAUACCGCUGGAUUGGGCGGCAAAGGUGGACCGUACAGAUUAGAUGCUGGGCAUACAGUUCAUCAGCUAAGCGACGAAGAGAAAAACGCGGUUCCUGAACAUGUCAAGAAAGCAGCUAGAGAAAUGGGACUUAAGGUAUUCAAACAACGCUUGAACGAUAUACGAAUGAGCGAAUACGAUCACGAAAUGUAUAGUCAAUUCAGCAAUGCAGUGCAAAGAGAGGUUCAGGCAUUAAGGGUGAUUUUGGGUAGCUUGCAAGCCAAAAGUAAUGAACGUCAGUGGUGUAGACAUCAAACUUCUGGGGAUUUGGAUGACACGAAGCUGAUAGAAGGUUUAACUGGCGAAAAAACAAUCUACAGGCGACGAGCGGAAAAAGAGCCUGACAUCGGCGCACCGCAGUUGAAGCCGAAGCGUCUGAAACUCGUUGUAGACGUGUCGGGCAGUAUGUACAGAUUUAAUAGCUAUGAUGGACGACUCGACAGAGAAAUGGAAGCAUGUGUCAUGGUAAUGGAAGCUUUCAGUGGAUACGAAAACAAAUUCCAGUAUGACAUUGUUGGUCAUUCUGGCGAUGAUUAUCGCAUUUCGUUUGUUGAUCACACUCAACCGCCAGCAGAUAACAAGCGCAGACUGGAAGUUAUUAAAACGAUGCACGCUCAUUCUCAGUUUUGUAUGUCCGGCGAUCACACGCUGGAAGCUACGAAGCACGCAAUAUGUACUCUAGCAAAAGAGGACACGGAUGAAUCGAUUGUCGUGGUACUUUCCGACGCUAAUUUAGAACGUUAUGGUAUCCGACCAGAAGUAUUUGCAAAGGUCUUGACGUCCAACGCAGACGUAAAUGCGUAUGCAAUAUUUAUCGGAUCGCUGGGCGAUCAGGCAACGAGGUUGACGAAGAAAAUGCCCUCUGGCAGGGCUUUCGUAUGCAUGGAUUUGAAAAAUAUUCCUCGAAUUUUAAAACAAAUAUUUGCAGCUUCGGUGCUCAGUACAACGCGUUAAAAUGAAAUAUAAACGGAAUAACACAUAUACACCAAGAUUUGAUAUAUGUAAUAUAUGUAUAUAGACUGUUGAUAUUUUAAUAAAUAUUUUUAUAUGAAAUUGAAA